AGGCCAAAGCAAUGGCAGAUCGGUUCUAAUCGCCAAGCCAUCGACAUCUCAGGCGUCCCAGUUCGCAUAUCGGAUUCGAUGAAUUUUCUUUGCUUUUCGAAUCCAAGAAAACAAGUCCGGCGCCAAUAUUAAUUAUUAAACUCUGCGUACUCGGGUGAAUGUACCGUUAGUAAACAUGAGUUCAACAAAUAACGAAUUGACCUCUGCGUUAAGAGCCAGCCCCAUGGAGGAAGAUCGCCCCGAUGCCACGACGGAGCUGCACAGAGUCUACGGCAACAAUCAGUUGCCGAAGGUGUCGGUCGUACUCAAACCGCGGUUGCAUCCCAAGAGUAUCGAGGAGCUCUACCGACUACCCCCUCCGAUAGACCAACCGGCCCAGUCUCAGAGCAACGCGUCCUCGGAGCUGCCAAAUCCAAAGAAGCGCAAACUCGAUCAGGACUCGGCUGGUGCUAUAAAUUCAGUCCAGCCUCUGAUGAACAGCGGACAAGUACCAGCGGAACCGGCGAGCGCCUCCGUCGUCGCGAAUCUUCUCUUCAAACGCAAUCUCAUCCAGCAACAAUUGAGGCUGUCCCUGCACGCCAACGAGUGCAGACGACGCGACGCCGAGGAUCCGCAGCGUGGGAAGUGCGAGCAGCCCAAGUGCACGGCCAUGAAGACGAUAUUGAACCACAUUGGGAACUGCCAAGAAGGCAACGCUUGCAAGUUUCUCCACUGUAGCUCGACCCAAAAGAUCCUUCGCCACUGGAAGCACUGCACGCUCAAGCAAUGCGUGGUCUGCAAACCGUUAAGGCAAGUGGGAAGUCAUAACCUGCUGCUCCAACAUAUUUCCGAAGCAGCCGGCUCGAACUGGCCUAUUCCGAUGACGCUUAGGACCCUUAUCAGGAUGAAAUUGAUCGAAGCGAUAUUACCCAACAGUAUCAGCUUACAAGCCUUUCUAGAUCCGAAAAUAAACGAAAUAAUCGAGUUUUCCAAUAUCGUCGAGUCUCGCGUCUACGAAGCGGCCAAUUCAAAGGAGAGAUACGCGCGCUUACUAGCCGGGAAGAUCGACAAGAUACGAAGGGAAGUCGAGCAGAAAAGAGAAGCGCGAAGACGGCGGGAGAUGCGAGCAGUCGUAGAGCAACGACAGCGAGAGAUUCAGCUACUCGCUUACAGGCAUCAUCAGCAUCGAUUGCAUAGCCGACGAUGUUACCGUACACGUGGUUCGUAACGAACAAGUGCGGAUUACGCGACAUCCAAAAGCUACAUCGACAUAAUCGCACAUCUUUUAUCCGGAUUAACGUUAUUGACAACUUUUAUUUUUAUACUGCUUUGCUACGUAUAUAUAUAUAUAGUAACCGAAUGAAUAUUGUACGGAGAAGUUGGAGAUUUCUGGCCACGUUAAUUAUAGUCUAUUGUAUAUGUACGCUACGUGAGAAUCAACGAAAUUCAAACGAUUUUCGUUCAUGCAUUUAUAAUUUUAUAUAGAAAAGUAAAAGAAGAAAAAAAAAACUAUUGGAAGCCAUAUUGCCUUCUGCCUUGACUACUGUCAAGCUUUUAGUAUUACACGUGUUGCAUCUUAACUGAAUAAAUAUGUUUUACUGAAA